GAGUUAUUAUAAUAAACAAGCUCAGUUACAUAUUCUUAUGAACUGAGUUGCAACACACAUUUCUGCUGGACGCGUGCAUCGUUUUUAUUGAUUUUCUCAACCACAUGCACUCCCUCCAUGAAUGAAUGGUAACGAUCCAACGUAAGCCUCCGCCCCGAACGAUAUCCGCCAUGUUGUGGCAUUGUGAGUUCUGCUGGACUUGGACGACUCACCACAGUCGCUCUACAACCUCAAGUUUCCUCACUGCAGAGUGAGGUCACCAUCAAGUUAGCUGAAGUAGAAGUGUUUUGGAGACCGAAUGAAGCAUAAACUAAGCUGUGGAUCUGCCGUCUGGAUUGACGGCAGUGCGUUCUCUAUGCAUCACGAGUCACGACGAUAGCUAAAUCAACCCGGUCCUGUUUUGCUUGUCUACGUGACGUGUUGGUUGUAGUUUGAUCGCAUUAGUGAAGGUUUUCAAAGAUGGGAAAUGAGGCGAGUCAGGAAGGUGGAGUUCCACCAGGCCAGGCCGAAGGUCAAUAUCCGCAAGGUGCCUAUCCACCAUCUCAGCAAAUGAGACCCGGUCAAUCAGGACCGGCUAUGGGAGGUCCUAUAAGACCCAUGCAAGGAGGACCGAUGGGCCCAGGUCCUAUGCAGCAGAGGAUGAUGGGUCCGAUGAGUACAGGACCUGGGCAACCUAGAUCAAUGAUGGGAGGACCGAUGGGUCCAAGUCCCGGACAACAGCGACCUUCCAUGGGUCCUAUGAGUGGGGUUUCUGGUCCACAGAGGCCUAUAAUGGGUCAAUUAGGUCCGGGACCUGGACAACAGAGACCCAUGAUGGGAGGUCCUAUGGGUCCAAGUCAGCAGAGACCGAUGAUGGGAGGACCUAUGGCACAACCAAGAACUCCUGCACCCCCUCCAGUAGAUCAACCGCCAGAUAUAGAUCUCAGUAACCUUUCGGAAGAAGAAAAGGCCAAAAUUCUUUCAGUGAUGGCGAGAGCUCAAGAUAUGGACCAAGAUUUAACCCAACAUAGAAGGCCAACCGAUCAAGUGAGACAAGAUGGCAGAACGAUGACCACUACCCAACCGGAUUUGCGUAGACAGCAAGUAAGCUUAUGUCCUAUUUGUCACGUGGCCGAAAUUACCAGCGAAACGAGCUCCAAGUGCCACGACUGUGGCAAAAUCACAUGCCAGAGAUGUGGCACUUUUAUGCCCGGCUUGGACGGAAAGCCUAAUGCUUUUAUCUAUGGUAAAUUUCAUAGUCAGUCCUUUGAACAACUUGGUAAAAAUGCAAUUGUUUGGAGGCCAACCGAUCAAGUGAGACAAGAUGGCAGAACGAUGACCACUACCCAACCGGAUUUGCGUAGACAGCAAGUAAGCUUAUGUCCUAUUUGUCACGUGGCCGAAAUUACCAGCGAAACGAGCUCCAAGUGCCACGACUGUGGCAAAAUCACAUGCCAGAGAUGUGGCACUUUUAUGCCCGGCUUGGACGGAAAGGAAGAACUUCAGUUAGAUUGGAUUGGCGGAAUAAGAGGCCAUCAUGGAUUUGCGCAGAAUGCACCAAAAGAAAACAACCAUAUGGCACAAACAGCAAAAAUACACGAACAACAGUUGAGACAACAAGAAAGAACAAGGAUGAACGGAGAUCUAGAAGCGGCCAGAUUACAACAGCAACAACAAACAUCAGUAAUACAACUUGGUGGUCGAUCCAUGGGCAUGCAACAGACUUAUUCUGGUCAGCCUAUCAUGGAACAACGAACAUCGUCUCAAAGUAUAACCGGAAGCGGAUAUUACGCGGGAACAGAUGUGAUGUCACAAGAUAAGAUGGCCGAAGCAGGACGAAGGGAGGAUGCCAAGUCACGUGAGUAUCCCGCACCUCCAGCAGUAGACUCUGUAGUUACUCAUGACGGUCAAAAUAUUGAGGGAGGCGGAGUAUCGCGCGACAAACAAAGUGGUAAUAAGCUCGAUCUCAAUGAUAAUGGAGUAGACAAGUUGGACGAAGGAUGGAGGAGGGUCGAAGAAUGCGAAGAAUACGAUGAAGAUUAUCAUAAGGUAGGGGAGAACGAAGAAGACGAAGACAGCGACGAAGAAGAACUGGAAAUAACUCCUUGCGUACUGCAAACUAUUCCUUAUUACGACAGAAGUCCUGGUGAUGUGUAUACUAUUCUCGAAGAAGACGAACCCUCCCCACCGGGGACAGAACACAAGACACUUCACGGUACCGAUCUGAAUUCGGACACAGCUUCGUCUCUGAUACGCUGGAGAGGUGUAGGUCAAGCGUAUCAGCGGACUCUUUCUUCAGGCCAGCAAAUCAUCCAGGUAUCUGUUACAGAUGAUAAAAACAGAGCUCUUUCUCAAGUUCAGCAAGUGGGUUUAGCAGGAGAUAUAGGUUAUCAAAGAGGGGUUAAUGCCACUGAUAUAUCUAAACCAGUUUCUACUUCUGCAACCAUACCAUCAACAGUACAAUCAAAGAUGGGUGUACAGCAAAGGCUAACUGGUGUAGUCCAAACUACGAAUUUUAACCAAGUUAAUAAUGUUACUACUUUAAUCACAGAUACUAAAAAAACGACUAGUAGCACUGCCAUUCCGAGGACAGUGCCUUUGAUGUCGAUUAACCAAGCUUUUCAGCAGCAGCAGCAGCAACCUCAACAGCAACAACAACAACCACAACAAACAGCUCCAACCACACAACAACAACAAAUACAGCAGCAAAGGGUGGGUCAACAAUCGCCCAAACAGAAGCCAAAUAACAUCGAUUUACAACCACAAAAGAAACAAAAAGCAAAACCCGAACCGCAAGAUUGGUCCCCAGUUACGGAUUUAUCACCGAUUAUGGAUGUCUCGCCUUCGAUUGAAGCAGCGGAACAAGAAUUAAUGGAGAAGUUUCGAAAGAAAGUAGAGGAUGAAGAUAUGGGCAGACCAAUUGUGCAGGCUAACAUACCACGUGCUACAAGCGGAACUAUAUCAGGUAUGCUAGCUGAUUUUAAUAAAGCAAUGGGUCUUUCAAGCACAUCUCCCAUUGAUGACGCUCAGGCUAGAUCAGUGGCAAUAUCUGAAUCAACAAUUCCUUCAUCCCAAAUACAAGGCAUAAUUUCUACAGAUAUACCAAUGGAUCAAAAUCAGAAUAUCAUUCAACAGCAAUAUCAGCAAUAUCAGCAACAACAGGAGCAGCAGCAACAAUGGCAACAACAGCAAUCUCAAUAUCAACAAAUACAACAGCCGCAAUGGCAACAACAACAACAGUUGAUGGCUCAGCAACAACAGCAACAGCAACAGCAGCAACAACAGCAACAACAACAGCAGCAACAAAUCCAACAACAACUUCAACAGCAACAACUUCAGCAACAAGUAUCGUCGCAGCAGUUGCAACAACAAUCUCAACAGCAGACAACACCAAGAAGGAUCCAUCGCCGUCUUCCUCAACCAACAAUGGAACAAAUGCAGGCAGCAGUUGCAAUGGCUGCUCAGGCACCACGGAGCAAACCUCAGUCUCAAAGUAGACAAACAACUACUCAAUCUCAAGGAAUUUCAGUAGCAACAACUUCGAGCAUUCCAUCUCAAAGGUCAAUAAUAUCUUCCGCUACCCCAAGGGCAGAUGUGGGUACUUCUAUCCUAAAUCAACCGCAACAAGUAACAGCUGCUCUGUCGACCGACCAAUCAUGGAUCCAGCAAUUAAGUUUGGGAGACCCGGGCAAACAGUACGUAAUCACUGGAUCCGGUACCACUGCAGCUACAAUCCUUACCUCAGCCCUUCCGAUCACAACAGUCGUAACGGCCACUGUGGCAUCCUCAUCCCUCACACCACAGCCCAAUGCCCAAUAUUUACAGGCGCAAAUACAUUCAUCAAUAAGUACGAGCCAUGAAGAUUAUGGAGCACGGGUUGGUUCUAGGACCCCAAAUAUUGGAGGAACUUCACCAGUGCCUGGAUAUGGAAAGUCAGUGACACCCGUGACACCCCAGACACCAAGUACUCCAAGGGACAAGGGCGAUUCUUCGGAUACUCUGAGUGAGGCGGAUAGCCUGAAGACUGGGAAGAUAAGGAGAAAAUUGCCACCACUACCACAAGAUCAGGAGCCAUCACCUAUACCUAGUAGGAGAGCUAAGGAUAGGAUCCGGACCUUAUCGAGUGGUGCAACGCCCUUACCUCAAUCCGAACGCACUAAAUCACCGUUUAGAACAUCUUCCCUGGAUAGCGGAGUAACUAUGAUACCUACCUGCCUCAGCGAUGUCUUGUCAACAUCACCUCGACCUAGUGCUAGUGAAAGUUAUCUUCAAAUGAUCUCAUCAACAAGACCUUCUAGCAUGACCGAAGGGUCGAGUCUGAUGGGAAGAAGAGACUUAAGCGCUCCUCAUAAUCUCUCUUCAUACUUAAGAGAUGCUAGCAGUUUAACGGGCACAAAGUUGCCGUCUUAUAUCAAGUCACUGAAGCAGCAGCUUCGUGAGGAGCUGAAAUCUGUCACUGAGGACCGCAGGAGAAUUUUGGGCAGGGACCCUUACUAUCGUCGUAGCGAAACAGAUCUGUCGUCCCUAUUGUCCCACUCUUGGCCCGAGGAUCGUUACGACACUUUUGCCUCGCAUCGAAAGAUGUUGCACAGCUCCACGCCGACGGCGCUGCUUCUGCCGACUUCAACUAGACGACAAACUUCCCCAAGAAGUUCUCCACAACCAUCUCCGAGAAGAACAAGACAUAGAAGACACGCUUCGGAUCCAAAGGUACCACUUUUCUCACCUAUCAAGGAAGAUCGUGAUUCGGAAUUUGAUCUUGGUGCAUCUUCUUAUUUGAAACCUCAAACCGGACAGCCAUUCAAGUCAUUCGAAUUCGAAUCCAUCGAUGAUAGAUUGGGAGGAGACAGUUUACUUAGAUCUUCAAGAUAUGGAGGAAGUUUAGGAAGCGGAUUAGCUAGUAAAUUCUAUCAGAGAGGUUCUUCGCUAUCCGACAUCCGAUUCGGAGAAGAUAUGGAUUCUAGGUUUCCGAUAAGAGAAAGCACUUUAAUGGAUGAUUCUGAUGAUUAUUACAGAAGAUAUGCUCGAGAACUUAUGAGGUAUCGUAGACCUAGCGAUGGUUCCCUGUAUACUCCACCCUCCUUGCGAAUGGGAUUCGAUCCAUGGGACAGAAGCAGCUCGUUCUAUAUGCUCGGCUCCGACAGGAAGAAGAGAAAAGACAGAAAGCCACGUAAGCCAAGGUCCUGGCAUCCAUCGCCUUACGUAUCGGAAGAUGAGGACGACCAGACGUCUCGGGAGAAAAGGAAGGCUAAAAUCAAGGCGGAGAUAGCGAGGCGCAGACAUCAGAUACAAGAAAAUGCUAGGCUGCACGAGGAACUGUACAAAUUGGCGAGAAUGCGAGAUGGUUCGGAAAGAAGAGCACCAUAUGGAGUUUCGUCAGCAACGUUGGACCACGUGGGUUAUGGGGAUUCACUCUCUAGAAAUAUUGCCGAAGGAUAUACAUCAACCGGAUCUAGUAGCGUACUUCAGGCCAUAGAUGAGAUUCUCAAGAGGGACGUAUAUGGGUCCUAUCCCAGAAGACUAGGCUACGAAACUUACGGCAACAAGCCUGGUUUCAUGUACACCACAGCUCCUUCCAACUAUCCAACUCCUCCACGAUCCAGGUACGACUACAGUUCUUCCACGAAGGGUUGGUAUAGCGAUUUGAUCAGUCCUUCUCCCCAGUUUCCCGACAACACAGCGGAAGACAAGAGCAUUGCGAGAAUUGCUUCUACGUUCCAGGGCACGAGAACGCCACCAGAUCUUCAUCUUUCCGUCCCGUUCGAUCCAAUGUCCGAUUUUUCACCAAUGACAACAGAUACGGAGACACCGACGGAGACAGAUCCAACUCCUGCAAUGCCACUUCUUCCCGACAUGCCUACAAGAUCGAGGAAGAUUUUGGAAGAUCUCGGGAGCUCGCCAAUAGUUAGUCAGCACAGCAGAGGGAGUAAGUACGACUUCAUUGAUUUCCUGACCAAUAACAGAAAUUUAUACGACGAUAUUGUUGGCAAUCAAGGCGAAAAUUCAUGUAAUAAAAGUAUAUAUUAUCAUUUCCUACAAGGGAAUAUUUUGUAUUUUAUUGUAGCACCAUAUGGAGUUUCGUCAGCAACGUUGGACCACGUGGGUUAUGGGGAUUCACUCUCUAGAAAUAUUGCCGAAGGAUAUACAUCAACCGGAUCUAGUAGCGUACUUCAGGCCAUAGAUGAGAUUCUCAAGAGGGACGUAUAUGGGUCCUAUCCCAGAAGACUAGGCUACGAAACUUACGGCAACAAGCCUGGUUUCAUGUACACCACAGCUCCUUCCAACUAUCCAACUCCUCCACGAUCCAGGUACGACUACAGUUCUUCCACGAAGGGUUGGUAUAGCGAUUUGAUCAGUCCUUCUCCCCAGUUUCCCGACAACACAGCGGAAGACAAGAGCAUUGCGAGAAUUGCUUCUACGUUCCAGGGCACGAGAACGCCACCAGAUCUUCAUCUUUCCGUCCCGUUCGAUCCAAUGUCCGAUUUUUCACCAAUGACAACAGAUACGGAGACACCGACGGAGACAGAUCCAACUCCUGCAAUGCCACUUCUUCCCGACAUGCCUACAAGAUCGAGGAAGAUUUUGGAAGAUCUCGGGAGCUCGCCAAUAGUUAGUCAGCACAGCAGAGGGAGUAAGUACGACUUCAUUGAUUUCCUGACCAAUAACAGAAAUUUAUACGACGAUAUUGUGUCGUUACGUCUUUCAGGCAAUGGUUUAGGUAUGAAAGUGAUUGGUGGAAAAGAAAUUCCGGGGAGCAAUGGGUUGAUAGGGGCCUACGUUGCAAGAAUAUACCCUGGGGGAGUUGUAGAAACCCUUGGAGAGGUUAAAGAAGGAGAUCAAGUCCUAGAAUGGAAUGGCAUUCAAUUGACUGGAAAGACUUACGAAGAAGUGCAACGCAUUAUAGCUUCUUCUGGAGACGAGGUUGAAAUUAUCAUUCGAAGCGAUUUCAAUAUGCUCGACCCAUAUGCAAGUUACCAACAACACGGAAGAAGUCCUAGACUUGGGCACGAUCGAGGGUCCGGUGGAUCAGGGCACAACACCGUCCGCUCCUCGCACGACGUUGGAAGGUCUGGAGGAAGUAAUCCUCAUUACGAGAGCCCAUCUAGGGGCAGCGGAAAUCCGCAUGGAACAUCGACAAGAAGCAAUCCGUCCCCAUACGAUUCAGACCGACCCAACCACGAAUAUCGCUCUUCGAGGAAUCCGAAUCCAACCUCACAUAUAGAAAGCACAUCUAAUUCGAGGUACGGUUCGAACCCUCAUCCACCUUCAAAUAACCCUGCUUGGAACAGUUCUCAUCCUCCAAACAGCAAAUCCGAUCACUUGAACGACAGCAAUAAAUACAAGUACUGGGCAGAACAUAUUACUGGAGAAAUUCAGUUACAAAUUUGUUAUGAUACCAAAGCAGCCAUUUUGUAUGUGACUAUCGUCCGAGCUCGCGAUUUGGUGACCACAAGAGAUAACAGCGGUUUGCCCGAUCCUUUUGUAAAAUGCUAUCUUUUGCCUGGAAGAUGUAUGGAAAAUCAGAGAAGAACGAGGUACUUUUCAAGAUGCAGCAAUCCAGAAUGGAAACAAACCAUGGUAUAUCCCAACAUACCACCCGAUAGUUUGAAGAAACAUCAGUUAGAAAUUAGUGUUUGGAAUUAUGAUAUAUAUAGGCCAAACGAGUUUCUUGGAGAGGUAGUACUUGACUUGUCGGGUAAAUAUUAGCAUUUCUUUUUUUCGGAUUAAAAAAAAAAUUCUAUAGUGGUGGAGAUAAAGCAAUUCUGAAAAUCAUUUGAACACUUAACGCCAAUUUAUUGACAUAGAAACGAAUUGUAUAGGUCAAUUAAUCAGAAUGUUCUGUACAGUAUUUUCACAACAAUUAUGGCAGAAAAUUGAAACGGUAUCAGUUAACAUUUGUUAUUCUGUGAUAUUACCAUGAUGUAAAUCAUGAGAUAACAGAACAGAUUUAAAACAGAAGCGAAAUAUUUUAAUUUCUUUCC